CGCACACGUCUUCCAUGGGCUCACGAUGACAGCAACUGAGUGGAUGAAAUAAACACAGUUUUUAUCAUCUUCUCUGCUGGACAAUCCAUCUGACGAGUCAACAGCACAACACACAGCUGUGCAGCGUGACCUUUUCUUUCAAUGAUUGUGCGCCAGUUGUGGUGUAGUAGAGGUUCGACGUCUCACCUGUGUGCGGCAGUCAGACUCAACUGGAGAUCUCCAAAGAUGACCAGACCAAGCUCGGAUUUAACAGCAUUUCGUGAGCACUUUGCUAAAGCGAAGCACAUUGCUAUCAUUACGGGGGCUGGAGUGAGUGCAGAGAGUGGCGUACCAACCUUUAGAGGACCGGGGGGCUUCUGGAGGAAAUGGCAGGCGCAGGAUUUAGCAACACCUGAAGCUUUUUCUCGAGAUCCUUCUUUAGUAUGGGAGUUUUACCAUUACAGGCGUGAGGUAAUGCGCAGUAAGAUGCCGAAUCCAGCACAUCUGGCUAUAGCAGAGUGUGAGGCUCGUCUCGGCCAGCAGGGGCGCUCUGUGGUGAUCAUCACCCAAAACAUUGAUGAACUGCACCAUCGGGCUGGGUCUAAACAUGUCUAUGAGAUCCACGGUAGUCUGUUUAAAACCCGCUGUAUGAGCUGUGGAGAAGUCAAAGCAAACCACAAGAGCCCAAUUUGUCCUGCUCUGGAUGGAAAAGGAGCACCCGACCCGAAUACUAAGGAAGCCAGAAUUCCAGUCGAGCUGCUGCCUAGGUGCGAAAGGAAGAGCUGUAACGGAUUGCUGAGGCCUCAUGUGGUUUGGUUUGGAGAAACGCUGGACUCAGAUAUUCUCACUGCUGUGGAGCGCGAGCUGGAAAAGUGUGAUCUCUGUUUAGUGGUGGGCACAUCCUCCAUAGUUUACCCAGCGGCCAUGUUCGCCCCUCAGGUGGCAUCUCGGGGAGUGCCUGUAGCCGAAUUCAACAUGGAGUGCACACCUGCUACCCAACGCUUCAAAUAUCACUUUGAGGGUCCUUGUGGCUCGACGUUGCCCCCCGCGCUGGAACGCCAUGAGAGCGAGGCUGUUUAAGGGGAAAGAAGGCAUGACCCAUCUGUUCGCCGCAUUGAGCACUUUAGCUAAGAUGGUUCAGGAUUGGCUCAUGCCUUUGUGGGAUUGGUUUGUGUGAAGAUUUACUGCUAAAUGAUUGGCUGGAGUUUAGGUUUGUUAAAUGACUUGUGAGUGCUUGCAUGGCCUAUGUUUUGUGUUUGGCUGUGUUUCUUAACUAUAUAAAUGGUACGAUCAAAAAGUCAUGACAACCUAUUUAAUAUGUUAAUCAGGUGUCAGUUUUAGUUAAAGUGCACCUAUUUUACUCCUUUUACAAGAUGUAAGAUACGACUUUGGUGUCUUCAGAAUGUGUCUGUUUAGUUGCAGCCCAAAAUACCCGUCAGAUUAUUAUAUAAUGUAGAAUAUGCCCAUUUUGGUGUCUGAUGACAGUAUAGGUGUUUUAGUAGCCUGUGGCUUCAAAUCCAAAUGAGCUGGUUCUCCCUAUCCACCGCUCACACGUGCUUGUCUGCUUCUCCUGUGUCACAGCAGAUAAACAGCAGUCAGUGAUAGAGACAAACACGGAUGAAGCUGAAAUAAAGCCACAAAUUAAAAAUACAGAGUAAUUUAA